AUUUUUUCACGCCACCACGCACAACUUUCUUUAUUCUCAUUUACUCUUUAUAUAAUCUAUAUAAUUUAUAUAAUUUUAUUAUUAUAUUUUUCCUUAGAAAUCUUAGAAAUCGCUUCAUUUUCAUAAACUGAAAAAAAAACAUCAAAAUGAGUUCAACCAAUUCACCAAGUUCUGCUGAUAACCCAGAGGAGAAUCGUCAAGCGGAAACAGGUGUGGCGCAGUACCGCUCGUCUCAACACUUACCAGCUGAUUUUACAUGUCUUCAACAUAUUCAUCCUUCUGUCUUUUUCUAUCGACCACCAAAUGAUUUUUACCACUAUCUUAUUAAAUGUAACGAAUUAACUUAUGAUGCCAUUAUGAGAUUAUUAAAGAUGUUAUUUAAUGAUAAUGAUAAAGAAAAUAACAUGAAGUCUAAAGAAAACGAAUAUAUCUUCUUUUAUCGACAAGAAUAUGAUGGUCGAUUUUAUCAGAUAUCAUGUGAAAUUGUUUCUCCUCUUUUAGUUAAUAAUUGUUUGAGUAAAAAUUUUCUCGGAAUUGAACUUCAACAAUGCAUGGAACAAGAACAUUUGGCAUUUAACGUUGAUCAAAAAGAUUUUCUUGAACAUCAUUUGAAGCAAUACUUAAGUCAAUACAUAUUAAACUAAACGAAUGAAUAAUGAAAGCUAAUAUAGGGUUAAUCUAUAGAAUUUUUAUAUUAGUGACGUCGCAUAAGUUGCUAAAUAUGUGUUUAGUGCUUAUUAAUAAAUUAAUAAACGUAAAAUUUUUUUUAAGA